UCUCCCUCCGUCCCUCCCUGAUUCCAGGCAGCACAGCAAUUUUCUUAGUUACCAAUACCAUGAAGAAGAUAAUCUCCGACGACGGGCUGCCCAGCAGCAGUUCUGCGGAGACCACCAAAGGCAAAGGGCAGCCGUCACCGGCGCCGGCGGCUGGAUCGGCGGCGCACCUCGACGGCGGCGAUGACAAAGUCUUUCAGCACGUGCUGGUCACUUUGGUCAUGUUCGUUUGCUUCGUCAUGUACGCCUUGUUAUUGUGGUCUGGGCUAGGGCAUUGGUACAACGUAAUCUUCACCGCCAUCACCUUCCUCUACUCCAUGGUCAUGAUCCACCUCUGGCUUAUCAAACGGCGAGACCAGAAGAAGACAUGUGAGACCGAAGCAUGCGAAUUGACAACUGCUAUUAGUACACCCGGAGCGCCAGAGUUGAUGCUGCUGGCAACCGGGAUCAUGUUAAUCUCCUUGGGGGUGGCAAUCUUCGUAUUUCGCCCAGAUUCCUAUGACUUGGCCUUCGUUGCUCUCACGGUCUUUUUAUCCACGACGGUCACGUUUGUUUCCCUCGAAGAAGCGAAAGUUGAAAGGAAGCCUUCAGAAGAACUUAGCGCUGCCUCAGAUCUAGUCUAGUUCCAAAAGCAUUGGCAUCUAAAAUGCAACUGCCAAGUUUGUUUUAUUUACUGAAUAAACUCGACAUAUAAACCCUAUAGAAGAAGAAGAUUUGUUUUCAUGUUA